GAAAUACAGGAUAAUGUAAGAAUGGUGAAAGAUAAGGCUCUCAACAUCACAUAUUCUGUGACUGACUUAUGCUACGAGUUUGAUCACUUCAGCAACAAACUAACCUCAAGUCCUUCUGUCAUUUGCGUGAUUUUAUAUUUCUUUCUUGCUCUGUUGUCAGUUAUCACAGUUUUUGGGAAUCUCCUUGUGAUCAUUUCAAUUGCUUACUUCAGGCAGCUGCACACUCCCACUCACUCUCUCAUCCUGUCUCUGGCUGUGGCUGACCUGCUGGUUGGGAUUGUAGUUUUCCCUCUCAGCAUGGCGUUCUCUCUCAGCUCCUGUUUAUUUUAUGAUGGUUUGCUGUGUAAGCUACGGCAAGGCUUUGACAUCACCUUCAGCACCUGCUCUAUCAUGAAUCUGUGCUGCAUUUCUGUUGACAGAUACUUUGCUGUGUGUCAGCCGCUGAUGUACAGAACUAAAAUCAACCAGCGUGUUGUUGUUGUCAUGAUCGUGGUGAGCUGGGGGGUUUCGGUGCUUGUCGGGAUAGGAGUGAUAAUUGCCGGGUUCAACAACACUCAAUGUGAGAAUUACUGCUUGAUUAAUGUUUUCAUUGUAAGCAUCACUGGACCUGUUUUGUCCUUUUACUUCCCGGUGAUCAUAAUGUUGUGUAUUUAUCUGAAGAUUUUCCUUGUUGCUCAGCGACAGGCUCGCAGCAUCCAGAUAGCAGCAAAGUGUGCAGCAGCUGUUAGCAAGAUGGAGAGAAAAUCCACCAAAACUCUGGCUACUGUUCUGGGAGUUUUUCUCUGCUGCUGGACUCCUUCCUUUCUGUGCAUCACAUUCUUGCCUUUUACCAGCAGUCCAAUCCCUGUUCCUGUGAUCGAAGCCAUGUCCUGGCUCGCCUUAUCAAACUCAACCCUGAAUCCAUUCAUUUAUGCUUUUUAUUACAGAUGGUUCAGGUCAGCCUUUAAAAUGAUUGUCUCUGGAAAAAUAUUACAAAAGAAUUUUGCUCAUUUAAACUGAACUGAUAAUCAGUUUUAAUGGAAAAAUGUGAUGGCAACUGCAUUAAACACUAAGUAAAACAUAUCUGAAUUUAUAUACAAAUGCAGCCUAAAUGAAAAAGUUAGAUAGUAGGUAGCAACACAA